UGCAUCAGGGAAGGUCUUCCAGGCAAACGACGUCGCCACUGGAAAGGAGGUUGCGAUAAAGACCAUGGUGCUCAAGAAUCAACCCAAGCCGGAGCUGAUUAUCAAUGAAAUCCUUGUCAUGCGGGAACACAAGCAUCCCAACAUUGUGAACUACGUUGACAGCUUCUUGGUUGGCGAGGAAUUAUGGGUUGUGAUGCAGUAUUUGGCUGGUGGAUCACUCACGGACGUUGUGCAGGAGACAGUUAUGGAUGAAGGCCAGAUCGCAGCUGUGUGCCGGGAGUGCCUACAAGCACUGGCAUUCCUGCACCAGAGCUUUGUCAUACAUCGUGACAUCAAGAGUGAUAACAUCCUGCUGGGAAUGGAUGGUGGAGUAAAGCUGACUGACUUUGGAUUCUGCGCACAGAUCACUCCCGAGCAGAACAAGAGAAUAACCAUGGUUGGAACACCAUACUGGAUGGCUCCGGAAGUUGUCACAAGAAAAGAGUAUGGUCCCAAGGUUGAUGUAUGGAGCUUAGGCAUCAUGGCCAUAGAGAUGAUCGAAGGAGAGCCGCCGUAUCUCAAUGAGAAUCCACUCAGGGCGCUGUAUCUUAUUGCCACCAAUGGCACGCCAACAAUCCAACAUCCGGAACGUCUCUCGCCUACUUUCAAGGACUUUCUGGACAAGUGCCUGACAAUGGAUGCCAACGUCCGGCCGGGUGCUGAAGAGCUUCUUCAGCAUCCCUUCCUGAAACGCUCCGCACCACUGGCAACACUCACACCGCUCAUUGUGCACACAAAGGAGACGACAAAGAAUCGCGACCGUUGAGAUCCUAACUGGCGAGUAGACUGGACAACACUAUGAGCGUUUAUUCCAGACCUGCGCAGCGACUCAGGCAGUACAGAAAACAGCCAUGCUCCUCGCCAUCUUUUCCACCACGCUGCCAUUUCCAAGAUAGCUGGAAGCGUGUCGCGGCGUCUGUUCAGCAACCGCAGCCGUCACUAGAAAGAAGUGCUGCACACCCGCGCUCAGCCAGCCAUGCAGGGAGCGAGACGAACAUUUCUAGCCAUUCAACCGUUAUACAUACAGACUGAUCUCUUCAUUACUUCAAAGUAUUUUGAAAGUCAAUGUCACGCCGUUGCUGCUUGCUUCCCACUGUGUGUAUACAUGCCCGUUUCAUGAGCUUUGCCUCAAUUUGACCAACAACUUCCCGAUAUUAAAAUUGUCCAUUUUGGUGCAAACUGCAUUAUUCCUGGUUCCUAUAUUCUCAACCACUGAUUCGAUCAACAACAAAAUCUGUUUUACACAAUGCCCCAGUAUGCAGACACUACUACCCACUUAGUUUUUUUGAGAUUUUUCUCUUUUAGCACCACAGUUUUUAAUUGAAUAGGUAGGUCUGAUGUAGGAAUGGCACUUCACCUUGCACACACCGUUUCCUCUUUAGAUUAGCUGGGUCUGGUAUUCCUGUGGCCGAGGAAGACAUUUGCCUAUUGUAGUGCGCUGUGGCUGCUCAUGUUCAUUGUUGUUGGGGUCUGGUGUUGAUUUGUGCCCGUGUUUCUCUUAUCCGGCUGACAUGUUGUCACUAGUGUUUGUUCAUUUAAUCCGAAAUCGUUCCUAUUAUAGCGAUGACUUACUGCAAGUUGCA